AUGUCUGUUGACUUAGGUACUGUUGCUUCCUUCAUAAUUCGCACAAACGCCGCUCAUCUCGUCGGAAGAAGUCUUCCGCAGCGGAUUACGGAUGAUAUCGUGUGUCGUCUGAACAAUGACCCGGUGAUACGAUCAGUACAUGAUGUGAAAGCGACUGCUUUGGGCGUUGAACAGUCACGUUUCAAAGCCGAAUUGGAUUUUGAUGGCCGUGCAAUCACCCGCGCUUAUUUGCACCAUAAUGUCCAGAUGUCGACAUUGCUGAAAGAAGUCAAGGAUAUCAAAGACGAAGGUGAACUGGCGAAUUUUAUGGAAACGCAUGGUGAAAAGAUUAUUGAUCGUCUUGGUGAUGAAAUCGAUCGGAUCGAGACUGAAAUCACCGGAAAACAUCCAGAUAUUCAGCAUGUGGAUUUGGAGGCUUUAUAG